AUGCUACGAUCGCCGCGAGCCCGCGGGCCGGCGGAGCAGCGCCUCACACUCACAUCGCCGAUGAAUCAGAUAGGCGUGCUGGGGCGCAGUACGCACGCACGAGCGCCACCCGCGCCGACGCAGCCCGCCUCGCUCGCCGAACUCGAUGCGCAAGUGGCCGAGCUGCGUCACGAGCUGCGCUUCUCCAGCGCCGUGCCGAUCUCCCACUGGAUCCGGUGCGCGGACACGUUCAAGCGCCAAGCGGACCAGCACCAUAAUGCGAGCGAUCUGGACAUGCAGUACUUGUGCCUCGCCAAGUGCGAUAAGCUCCUGAACGAGCUCAUGCCACGAGAGCAUGCCGGCUGGCACAAGCUCGAUCGCGAGACGCGCGCCCAGUGCAGGCGACAUGCCGCGCUCAUUCACGAACUCGUAUGGCUGACGCGCGAUGCCCUGCUCGAGGCGCGUGGCGGCGCCGCUCCCGCGACGCACCCGCCCGUCUCGCCCUCGUCGCACGCCGCGACACCGACGCGCUCGUCCUUCCGCCAGGCGUCGCGCGCCUCCAAGCACGUAUCGUUCGCCGAGGCGCCGCCGUCGGCGCGAACAGCGCCAUGGUCGCCCACGCACGCUGUGCCUACGACAUGGGCCGCACCCACGCUGCCUCUCUCACCGCCGCUCUCGCUCGCCGGCCAGCCGCCGCCCUGGUCACCACCGCUCACAUGCCCGCCGCUCUCGCCGCCUCCUACCUCGCCUGUGGCGCAGCCGCCGCGUAUACCCUCUCCACGCCCACGGCGCCUUCGUCGGCGGCCGAGUGAGCGCCUGUUUCUCACGGCCGAUCCGCCGGUGUCGCUGCCCGUAGCUCGAGGGGUACCUCGUCAUGGUCUAUCAUGUACUCUAGGAUAA